AUGAAACCAUAGAUUUAAUCAACAAGGAAACCAGGAAAGUCUGCACCAAAACCAAAAGAUAAUCUUACGAAUCAAACUUCCAAUUCAAAAAAAGAAUUUACCAAUGAAUCAAAUGGGUUUGAUGCAUCGAAAUAACUAUUAAUCUAACCUGUUCUUAUAGAACAUAAAGUUAAAUAAAACUGCUUAAUAGAAAUUAUUGAAUUGGCUAAUUCUCUAAAAGAUGAUGAUAAUGUAAGUGGGCUUAUCUUUAAACAAAUUAUUAUAUCUAUUGAAGCAAAAUUGACGGAAUUUUAAGAGAGACUUGAUAAUAGAGACAAUCUAAAUGAACUUAAUUCUCAUCUAUAGAAAUUACAAUAUCUUUAAGCUAGUCCACAUAGUCCUAAUGGAAAUAAAAGUGUUACCAAAAAAGAAGACUCCAAUAAUGAUACAAGUGGAUUACUUCGAAAUCAAAGUUAAAUUUCUUUGCCUUAAAAUGAUAAUGUCAGUAUUAUGAGUGCCUAAGAUAAAAUGAAAAGUCCUUAAGGUAGAAGAUCAGCCUCCAAAUAAAAUUCAGGUAAAUUCUUAUUGACAUUCUUAAUUAGUCAUUCUUCCCAACACUUCAUAGUAAAUAGUAUCAGACAAUAAUAAGAUAGCAGCAUUAGAAAAAAGACUUAGAACCAAUGAAGAUAAUUAUGUCAAAUUGACCAAAGAAUUUUAAGAUUAAUACAAUGCCAAUAAUUAAAAAUUAGAGAAAACAAUUAAGGCUCUUAAUGAAAAGUUUAUGUCAUUUAGUGCAAACAAUUUGCAAUAGUAGUAUAUUGAAAUUACUGAGAGUUAGAAGGCUUUGAUUUCACAUUUACAUUAGUAAUCAAAAGAAAUCACGUAAUUGCUUCGAACUAUAUAGCGAGAUCAAUAAUACCAUGCAUAAAUUAAAAGAGACUCAAGAUUCUUAAAAUGUAGAGAUUUAAAAUAAAAUUGAGCAUUGCUUACAAAUGCAUAAUGAAAAUUUAGUAAGAAUAUAAUCACUUUCAUCCUCUCUUUAAGCGAUUGAUGCUGAUUUAAUCGUGAUUUUAAAGUGCUAUAAAGAUCUUCUUAAUGAUAUCUUUAAAAUUGAUAUAAUAGAUCAAUAAUAAAAAAAGUUAAUUAGUCUCUUGGAUGAAUAAUGA